CGCCGGCCCCGCGACCUCAGGAAGUGGGGGGUGAAAAGCGGGUACCUGCCCGUCUGCGGGAACAAGACCCUGACUCCUCAAAAAGUCACCAGCCCCAGCCCCCUCCUGGGCCCCCGCCUGGGCACGGCCAUCGACAGGGCUGAGUGCACCAUCCGCAUGAACGACGCUCCCACCACCGGCUACGAGGUUGACGUGGGCAACAAGACCAGCUUCCGCGUGGUGGCCCACUCCAGCCUCUACCGCGUCCUCAAGCGGCCCCAGGAGUUCGUCAACAAGACCCCAGAGACCAUCUUCAUCUUCUGGGGGCCGCCCGCCAAGAUGCAGAAGAGCCUCCUGAAAAUCAUCCAACGCGUCAGCGCCUCCUUCCCCAACAUGACGGCCUACGUCGUCUCCCCCAGCCGCAUGAAGCAGUUUGAUGACCUGUUUCGGGGGGAGACGGGGAAGGACAG